GACGCUGCAUUCACGAGACGAGAGUCAACGAAACGAGCGCAACAACAGCCGCGAUAAUCGCGACAACCGCGAUCAUUCGAAACAACAUCAUCGGUUCUCUCUCGAUAUCAAUUUUAAACGAACAGUAUUAAUACCCUACCCUUCGUCUUUUCUUAUUUUUAAAUUAAUUCUUCCUUUUUGUAUUACUUUACGGUGAAACUAUGUCAUCAGUGAUGCUUGAAUCACUCAGCGACAAAGUGGCGAUGUUCGAACAAAAUGCGAACAAACACCAGGAGAAACAGAGCAAGAAUCCAUUCACCUCGGGAUUGAAUCUCGAGAAACGAACAUUUUCCAAGGACGAGUAUGGCAGACCGGAAGCUGGUUCUCUGACGGCUAUGCGUGGCCGGAAAGCAGCAGCCCACAUUCUCAAAGAGGUGCUUGAACUUUGCGAGAUCAUUUAUCAAGAAGGUACACCCUGCCGGGACGAUCCAGAGAUCAUCGCGAUCACGUUCGGUGAUCUCUUCAAUAUUUACACUCACAUCAGCGACAAAUGCGUGGGUCUUUUACUGAGGGCCAGGAAACAGAAGUUGGUUGACUUCGAGGGGGAAGUUCUGUUCCAGAGGCGAGACGACGACGUACCGAUAUACCUGCUGAAACCUCUGAAAGAAAUUCGCGAGCUUUAUAACCAGCGACUACAGGAGAUCGCAAAGGAAACGCCAUUGAGUUAACAAUCGCUUUAACUUCGAUCCAUCCGCUCUUCAACAAAUUACUCGUUGAAUCGCUUCCGGAAUCGUAGUUCCGGCAAUGACCAUUGUAUAAUAUAGAAUGUAAUUUUUAUUGGAAACCGAGGAUGUAAAUAUGAAGCGCGAGGUUGACGAGUGAAUGAUGUAGAUUCUUGUUAAGAAACGAACUUGUACAAUGUGAUACUUCAUAGGAUAGAAAUAAAAAGAUUUUUAUAAAA